AAUGUGAAAGAAUGUGUGUGACAAACAAUGUAUUUUCCUGAAGAAAUAUGUACGUUUUCUUUGUAAUGCAGUUGCUGAUUAUUACUUUUGUGCUAUUAAAUGUCCUUUUAUAGUGUAGCACAGCAAGGGGUGAGAAGGCUGUGGUGGUUUGUGUCAUAAAUUACUGUGACAAUAGACAUUAAGGCUGGCUUUAUGAUGCAGAAGGGUGGUCUUUAUCCCAGAAUAAGCACACAAGAGGAAAGGUUGGGACUGUUCCUGUUCCAGUCUGAGAAGACAGAAGGUUUGCAUAGUUGAUCAGCAAGAACACGAUAACCCACAGCAGGCCAGGUGAAAUUACUUUGCUUAUUAAGCAUCCAGAGAUAACCAACAACUGAUAGCACACUACAGAGAACAAAGGAAAUAAUAAAAUCAUGGAGGGAAAAGAAAGAUGCAUAGACAUGCAGUAUUUGCUAUAUUAAAUCAAGAAAGAUGGAUGCCCAACAAGCUGCCCUGCCUGUCACCAUUCACUUGCUUGUCAGUAAAGGUGAUUUUGCAAUAUUCCACCAAGCAAUUGACCGACUAUUGCAAGACCUUUAUGUAGAUACUCCUUUCUUCUUGGUUUCCGAACAAGGUGCUCCAGUGCCAAGAUAUGAGUAUCGGAAGAGAAGGGUUGAAUUUCCUGGGAUCUCUGUGACACUUUUCCUCCGUGAAGACCUUAACGAAGAAAGGAUCUCUCUACUGCAAAGCUUCUUCCAGCUACCACCAUGGGAUCACGUCAAUACAGAGCUUAACCUUGGAAAAUCCUGUUUAUUCAGUCAAAAUUGCGAUUUUUACUGUCUGGAUGUGCAUACGCCAGUUUGGGGAAUACGCCGGGUACACUAUGGCGCCGAGAUCCUGAGAGUUACCCUGUACUGUAGUUGUGAUAACUAUGAGGAUGCAGUGCGGCUUUAUGAAACAAUCCUGGGUGUGGAGGCAACCACCCAGAAGUUUGGAUUUUGCUUUUUUGUUUUACGUUCCACCAAGCACAUAUCCAUACAACUCUCACUAAAGCAGUUGCCCCCAGGGGUAUCUGUGCAAGUGAAAGAUGCCUGUGCUCUUCAAUUUACUAUACAAGAAAUAGGACAACUCGUUCCUUUGUUGCCCUACCCGUGUGUGCCAAUUAGUGACACGCGAUGGCAAACCCAAGAUCAUGAUGGCAACAGAAUCUUACUCUUGGUCGCUGAUAACAGCUGGGUGGCACCAGGUGAUGCUUUUCAUCCCCAAUCAAAUGCUUUCACUGCUCAAUCAUUAUCAUUGGCUAAACCAACCAAAGGCACACAGGAAGAGAAGCAAACUGGGCUUACAAAAGCGAAAGACUUAAAACCUUUUCAAGUAUCUUGCACAGCUUUCGAUCAAAAAGAAACUGGCCACAUAGUCAACAGGGGCUGUAGAGCCAUUCUACGACCAGAGGAGACUGAGACAAACGUAGACACAGGACACAGAGUUCACAAUGUGAGACAUCAGACAUUCUCUGUUUACAGACUGUCCAGGGAUCCACAGAAUAUUCCACUUUGUGAACAUAAACUCUUUGCUGCAGGUUUCAAAGAUGCUAAAUAUUUAGCCUCAACAGAGGGGGACUCCAAAUUCCCUCCGGCUGUCACGGAGAACAAAGGAGUUUACAUCAGCAACAAGAUACUUCACUCGAGGAGAUCUCAUGGAUGCCAUAGCAAUGGCAAGCAGCUUAGAGAGGAAUUUUUUAUUUGAUAUUAGCUAGCUGUGUUAUCCAUCUUACGCCGCAGGAGUGAAAACCAUUAACACAACAGACAUAUUGACAUUUGAACAUUUGUUAAAAGAAUUAGCAAUUACACAUGUUAAUGGAAUAAAAUUGCUUUGUUAAAGGGUCCAUGAAAAGGUUGUUACGA